AUGGACGAAAAAAAGUUGCAGGAUUUGUUGAAAUUACUGCAGAUAAACAAUGGAGACUUAACGAAGUUGAACGCACAACAACGUAAAGAUAUGAAAGAUUAUAAAUUUUGGAAAACUCAACCGGUUGCUUCGUUUGAUGAAAAAAUUGAUACUGAAGGUCCGAUUGACGCUACAAAGAAACCAGAGGAUAUUCCUGAUGAUCCGUAUCCAUUAUUAAAUGAGUUCGAAUGGUGUAAUAUCAAUAUCGAUGAUUCGCAACAAUUACAAGACGUGUUUGUACUAUUGAAUGAAAACUAUGUUGAAGAUAAAGAUGCAGAAUUUAGAUUCAACUAUACUCCAGAAUUUUUCAAUUGGGCCUUAAAGUCUCCAGGUUGGAAAAAUGAGUGGCAUGUUGGUGUCCGUGUCAAGCAAACUCAAAAACUGAUCGCAUUUAUUUCUGCCAUCCCAAUCUCGUUACAAAUAAGAGGUAAGACGAUCACCAGUGUAGAAAUUAAUUUCCUUUGCGUUCAUAAACAAUUAAGGUCAAAGAGGUUGACACCAGUUUUGAUUAAAGAGAUUACAAGAAGAGUUAAUAAACAUGAUAUUUGGCAAGCGUUAUAUACAGCAGGAAUAGUACUACCAUCCCCGGUAAGUACUUGUCGUUACACUCAUCGUCCCCUAAAUUGGAGUAAAUUAUACGACGUGGGGUUCACUGAUUUACCACCAAAUGCUAGCAAGGCCCAAAUGGUUGCCGAAUAUACAGUCCCAAAUAAAACUAAAUUAAAUGGAUUGAGGCCCAUGACUAUGGAUGAUAUCGAUGAAGUUUAUAAUCUAUUUGAAAAAUAUCAAUCAAGAUUUGAUUUAAUCCAAACGUUUACCAAGGAUGAAUUUAAACAUUGGUUCCUUGGGCAUGUUGAAAAGUCAAAUCAAGAACAAGACGUAAAGAAGAAAAUCGUUUUCUCUUAUGUUGUUGAAAACAAGGAAACAAACAACAUUACGGAUUUCUUUUCCUUCUAUUCAUUACCAUUCUCAAUUUUAAAGAAUCCAACCUAUAAAGAGCUUGGUAUUGGUUAUUUAUAUUAUUAUGCCACUGAUGCAGAUUUCGAAUUCAAUGAUCGUUUUAGCCCAGAAGCUACCAAGAAGUUAAGGAAAAGAUUAGACGAGCUGAUCAGUGAUGCAUUAAUAUUGGCUAAACAAGCUAACAUGGAUGUAUUUAACGCGCUGACCUCGCAAGACAAUACCUUAUUUUUGGAUGAUCUAAAAUUUGGAGCAGGGGACGGAUUCUUGAAUUUCUAUGUCUUCAAUUAUAAAGCAUUCCCAGUUACAGGCGGGUUGAAAGAAGAUAAAUCAUAUGAUGUCGAGAAACGAAGUAAUGUUGGUGUCGUUAUGCUUUAG